UUUGCAUCUCUCCCACCAUUAUAUACCACCUUCUCUACCUACAGUUCUCUACAAUUUUCACAGUUUUUUUUCCCUUCUCUUUCUUUGCCAAUAUCAAUGCUUAUCUUUUUGAUUCAAACGAACCAAUAUUUACACACUUUUUUUAGUGGAUUUUUUGUGUUUUUUGAGGUUCUGCGUUGGGUUUGGACUACUUUCUUUUGAUAAAAUUUUUUUUUAUUUGGUUGAGUGUUGAAUUCUGGGUCUGGGGUUUGUAUGGAAAUAGUGAUAUUGAAUAAAGUUUUAGAGAUAACAAAAGCUUUGUUAUGAUGGUGGAGGCUGGUGGAUUGGUGCAGCAAAGAAAGGAUAUUAUGACUAUAAGGCAUGUGAACAACAAGGUGAGAUAUGUCACCAAGACAAUCAAGAAGAACAGAUACAAGAAUAGAAAAGAGUCCGUUGUUCCAAGAGUUCCCAAAGUACUGCAAGAGCUAUUUGUUUCUUGUAGGGAAGUCUUCAAAGGCCCUGGAACUGUUCCUCCUGCUUCUGAUGUAAAGAAGCUAUGCAGCAUUCUUGAUAAGAUGAAGCCAGAACAUGUUGGGCUUAGCAGAAAUCUAGAGUUCUUUAAGGCUACGGGUCCGGUGAAAGUUACUCCAAGGGUCACAUAUACAACUAUAUACCAAUGUGCUGAGUUCUCGUUGUGCAUUUUCUUUCUCCCAGCAACCGCUGUCAUCCCUCUCCAUAACCAUCCAGGGAUGACUGUUUUUAGCAAGCUUUUACUAGGGAAAAUGCACAUAAAAUCCUAUGAUUGGGUUGAUCCUGUCAAUUCUGAAGACCCUAUGCCACCUUCCCAAUUGAGAUUGGCAAGGUUGAAUACCGACAGUGUCUUUACCGCGCCAUGCGACACCUCUGUGUUGUAUCCUACAACAGGAGGCAAUAUCCAUCAAUUCACAGCCAUAACACCUUGUGCAGUGCUUGAUGUUCUUGGUCCUCCUUAUUCUAAACAAGACAAUCGGGAUUGCUCCUAUUACAAAGACAUCCCAUACUCAGCUUUCUCAAAUGGGGAAACUACGGUGAGUGAAGAAGAGAGUGAUUGUUUUGGAUGGUUGGAAGAAAUUGAAGUGCCAGAGAAUUCACAGAUGGAUGGCAUUGAGUACUUGGGUCCUCAGAUUAUAGAAACUAGUUGCUUAUAAACAUCUAAUGAUAAUUACCUUCUUACAAAGGUCCACUUUUGUAAGAUAAAUAUUUAUUUUAUUUUAUUUCGUUUGUGCUUUGGAAUCAUGUCUUGUAGAUAUAGUUGGGAAUAUCAGUGUUUUGGAUGGUUGUUAUAAAAUGGUUACACAGUUUUUCUUGGGAAACUAUAGGCAAUAACUAUUGGUUUGCCAGGUUGGGCUAAUGGUUUAUGAAAGAUUUUCUGUGGCUUGAGAAAAGAUUGAAGGGUCGUGAUGGUUGAUAGCGUGAUGGGAAGGCUAUUGUGUUAUCAUUGCAUUGAAUUU